AUGACUAUGAACAACCCCAUGGUGUCACUGUUGACUAACAACAAGCUCUCUGGAGCUAACUUUAUCAAAUGGAGAGAGAACAUUAAUAUUGCUCUCAUCGGUGAAAAUUCCCUGUUUGUGUUAACUGAAGAGGCUCCUGAGCUGCCUGGUGAAAAUACGACCAAGGCAGUCAAGGAAAAGUUCGAGCGUUGGCAGAAUGCUAACAACAAAGCUCGAUACUUUAUGUUGUCAAGCAUGGUCAACACCUUGAAAACAAGAUUUGCCAAUACUCUCACGGCUUCAGAAAUCAUGAACCAGUUAACUGAACUGUUUGGGAUGACAUCAAUUCAAGCUCUCUUUGAGGUGACCAAGAAUUUCAUCAAUGCACGGAUCAAAACCUCAUCAGAACGUGCAUGA